AUGGACGACCAUUGCUAUAUAAUGCCUGGAGAAUUUGGACUUUUAGUCCAAGGAAUUCUUGCAGCUAGUUCAAUAUCAAUUUUAAUAGCAAAAUAUAUAUUUGAAAAACCAAGACGAACAUUAUUAAAUUUUUUCGAAGAUGUUGCUUUAUUAUUACUUGGAAAUACAAUAAUUCAUUUUUUUAAUAUCUUUUUUAGUAUGUAUAUUUUUCAUUGUAAGAUCUUGAAAUAUUUAUUUAAAAUAGAUAUGGAUGAAUGUUCUGUAUAUUUCACUCAAGUUAUUUUAGAUGGAACUAUUGGAUUAUAUUUGCAAGCCACCCUACUUGAUAUUUUUAAAGUUACGAAAUAUUUUAAAUUUAGUUUUUUUCAUAAUAAAUGUAAAUCAAUUGUUCGUAAAAAAAACAACAAUUUACCUCGCUAUCCUUCAUUUGAUUUAAAUAAUAAUAGUAAUGAUAAGCAAUCAACCGAUGACUUAGCUUAUAAUAAUAAUGACACUAUAAGUACUAGCCCAAACAAUGACAAAACAACCAAUGAUGAUUAUACUACUAAUAUAAAUCGUAACAACAUCGAAUUACCAGAUUUAAAUUCAAACUCAACAAAUCUCAAUUGUGACGAUGACAUAAACAGAAUCCACACAUCCAUAGGCUAUAAUAAUAAUGAAAAUUUUCAAAACAAAAAUAAAUUAAUGCCAUAUAAUACAGAAUUAGCAAACAAAGAAAUAUGUAUUAAUGUAGAUGGAAAUAAUAAUUUAAAAAAUGAUGAGAUAUAUAUGAUUAAUAAAACAAAAAAAGAUCAUUCAAUUAAUUUAAUUGAUAACGUAAUUUUAUGGUUAUCUGUAAUUUUAUCAGCAAAAUUUAUUGUAGUUUUUGUUUUUGUAUUAACAUCACCUAUCUCUCAUAUAUUUACUCUUUAUACUAUAUCAUAUAUUACAGAUAUAAGAUAUAGACUUGUAGCUAUAAUGGUUAUUAUACCGUUUUUCUAUAAUUUUGUAUUAUAUUAUAUUUCCGAUAUUAUAAUUAAAAAAAAAAGUGUAAUAAAAUGA